GCGGGCGGCGGAGCAGCGGCGCCGGACGGGCCAUGGCGGUCGAGGGCGGGAUGAAAUGCGUGAAGUUCCUGGUUUUCGUCUUCAACUUCAUCUUCUGGGUGUGCGGCGUGGCCCUCAUCGCCAUCGGCAUCUACGCCCAAGUGGCCCUCGAUAAGGCGCUGGCCGUCAGCAGCGCCUCCGCCUCCAGCACCCCCAUCGCCAUCCUGGUGCUGGGCAUCAUCAUCUUCUUCAUCUCCUUCUUCGGCUGCUGCGGCGCCUGGAAGGAGAGUUACUGCAUGGUCACCACGUUCGCCGUCCUGCUCAGCAUCAUCUUCCUGGUGGAGAUCGCCGCCGCUAUCGCUGGAUACGUCUUCAAGGACAAGGUCCGCUCGGUGCUGGAGGACGGGCUGUGGGACGCCAUGCGCCAGUAUGGGGAGGACAAGUCCUUGACGGAGGCGGUGGACGAGCUCCAGAGGGAUUUCGCUUGCUGUGGAGCCAACAACUACACGGACUGGGCCAGCAUCGAGCAGUUCAAGGUCAACAACACGGUGCCCCGGUCCUGCUGCCGCGUCAACACCACCUCCUGCAACGUCCGCCCCAGCCCCGCCACCGUCUACGAGAAGGGCUGCCUCCAGAGCAUCGAAGCCUGGAUGAAGAAGAACAUCCUCAUCGUGGCCGCAGUCGCGCUGGGCAUCGCCUUCUUCGAGAUCCUGGGCAUCAUCUUCGCUUGCUGCCUGAUGAAGGGCAUCCGCAGCGGCUACGAGGUCAUGUAGCCCCC